AUGCCCGGAAACAAGAAAAAGAAGAAGAAAAAAGAAGAAGAAAGAACGAAAGAAAGAGGUGAUAUGAUACACGCUGCGGUGCACGAACCGGAUUUGGUCUAUGCCGAGCCUGAGCAAGCCUGCAGCAGAGAUAUGACAGCCCAGAGCAGGACCUCCAGACGCGACGAGAUGUAUAUAAUAAUGAGCAACACCGUCAAAUUGCAUUCACAAACAGAAUGGCUCGAGGCCAAGGGUUUCGGACGGCUGAGGCAGACACCUUGUAGAAGUGUGCGAACUUUAAAUAUGGUUGAUAUUGCCUUGAGGUGUCGGAUGAGGACUAAAGGCGGCGGAGCUGAGUUUGUUGAAUUUGGUGACGGUAGCAAUCUGGGCGAGGAAGUGCCAAAGCCGAGUCAAGUGAGUCUGAAAGUGCUCUGCAAGCCCGAGCAGGAGAUACGAUUCGAUAUAUGGAUUAAAGAACGGUAG